UUUAUAAACAAGAUAUAAAGAAAUGUACUAGAGUCAAAACUACAAAAAAAACUCAAAGGGAAAACAUAAAAAUAAUAAAAAAAAGUAAUUUAUAGACUAAAAAAAUAAAAAACCACGGAAUGGAGAAUCUAGACGCCACUAUAGAUAACAUGGAAAACAGUCGAUUUGCGGCCCUUUACGGAAGUUUGAUUAAGGAGUUGGCCGCAACUUCGGAGAUGUCUCAGACGGAUAUCACCUGUUUGCUUGUCGUUUAUUACAAGUUCUCUAAGGCCAAUGGUCCUCAGUGCAAGAAGAUGACCAAGAAGCAGUUCUAUCAGAUCUUUUUGGUUCUGUUUAACGUGGCCAAUGUCCAGGUAAUUGAGCGCACUCUGCUGGCCAUCACCAAGGAUACGAAGUAUGUGAGUCCCCAGGCCUGGAUCCAUCUCUUCGAUCUCUACACAACCAAGGACAUCCAAGUGCGCAUGAAAUUUGCCUUCGAGGUCUAUGACACAAAAGGAACUGGUGUUAUUGAUCGAGAGCAAGUUGGUGUAGCUUGCGAAAAAUUUUUUUACGGUGAAGAUGAAGAUGAGCUGAACGAACUUAAGGCGGACAUGACUGAGUUUCUCAUGAAGAAGUUUGACCUGGACAAAGACGGCGUAAUUUCAUAUGAGGACUACUCAACUGUCGUCGAGCAGCAACCAAUUUUAGUCGAGUUCUUGGGCUGGUUAUUUCCGUCGAAGGAAGACAAGGAUCUUAUGGCCCAUUGUAUUAACCUACAAUUGAAUCAAAAUUAAACAUUGCAUUGAAAAUA